AUGACUCCAACAGGUAAAAGCUUUGUGGGCGAUACGCCUCUAUGGCCGCUCAGAUCUGGAGAUGCCUUGAAUGAGAAAUCGAUGUAUAUCUCCCACGCAUCAAGUUCGUCUUCCUCAUCGGCGCCGUCGGACCUUGAUGCGGAGAUGGGCGGCCAAGACCCACGUGCAGCAGGAUUAGGCCCGGCGCAAGCCUCUCAUGGGCAGCCUCGACCGACAUCCUCCGAAGACACCAACCUGCUGCGACAGCACGACGAAGGCUCUUUGCUACUGGGAAACAUCCUAGACAAGAGCUAUUCCGCCCUCUUCGAGCUUCAAUUAUCUCAGGACGGCAUCCUCGACCACUAUUCCCUGGGCUUUGACUUCCCUUCCACUCUCAACUACGCAUUUCCCAACGAAGAUGGCGGCGGCAGUAUGGCCGUAGCCCCUUCCAACGAGCUUUUACACCAUGUCACCCCCCAACAUGACAUCCCCGACGCCCUUCUCUCGCCUGCUCCCGAUCAGCGCAUUCCCGACAUGGCAGCCGCGACCAGCGAUGCGUCGGCCUUGCCUGCCCUCGGCGGCGAGAACCCACCUGCCGACCACAACGUGAUGGACACCACCCUCACCAACGGACUGCCGCUUCUGGACACACCCAUCGAUUUUGCGCAGUCCAACAACCUAAACGGCGCCGACAUGAGCGGCAUGCCCAUGGACAUGACAUCCGCCUUCCCACCCAUGAAUGCCUUCAUGCCGCCCACGACCAAUGAGCGCCUCACAGCCUUUGCGCGUCUGCGCUUCGAUGACGGCUCCUACUAUAUGCAUACCUACCAGAUCACCCUAGGCCGAAACCUCGAUCUCGCGCACAGAGACAUGAAGCGCCUGAUCAAGGCCGAGGCGCUGCACGCAAAGGGCCAUGUACAGGCCGCCCGCGAACACUUGAAUGGCAUGGAUGAGGUCAACGGGAAGAAGGACAAAAAGAAGAAGAAGCACAAAAAGGGUGGUGCUCGCAGCGUCAUCUCAGAGAAGGGCGGCAUCCUCAGCGCACCCAUCGAGUCGAUGCCCAUGGAGUACCAGCAGCGUCGCCAGAGCAAUGCGUCGCACUCCCUCAGCUCAAACUCACAUCCCACAGGCGAAUCCAGCGAGGAAAAGCCCGCCGAGCGUGCGCCGCAAGACAUGAUCAUGCAGGCCUUCCCCGAAGUGCCCGCGCAAUUUGACGGCCACGUCCCCGAAGACCCGAACGACUGUCCAUUCGUACCUAUACAUCCGCAGCAAAUCAUGGCCAAGACCGGGUCGCUAGGUCCAAAAGGCAUAUCACGAGAGCAUGCCAAGAUCUUCUUUGAUUUUGACGCAGGACACUUCUGUAUCCAUGUCCUGGGUAACAAUGGCCUGCAUCAUGAGGGAGAUUUUUAUGCCAAGGGCGAGACUGUACCUCUGGAUCAUGGCGAUCACUUGCAGCUUGGUGCUGUGAACAUACACUUCUUCCUUCCAGACGUCGCGCUUACAGAGCAGCAACGGCAUCGCCAGGAGUCUGGUUCACGCCCUAUGAGUUUCUCCUUCGAAAAUGGGAACGGUCAGUUAGAAAGCGACGAGCACGUCAGCUCCGAAAGCGAGGAUCAGCAGAGCGUCAACCCGCGCCAUGUCUAUUAUCACCAUCCUGUCAGUGACAGCGACGAUGAUGAUGGACUCGCCGAUGAAGAAAUGGAUGACUAUGAGGAGCCUGUUCCCAAACCGCGACAGAAGACCAGUCUCAAGCUCAAGAUCAAGAAUCUGCCUCCCGCUCCUUCGAAAGAAAGCAAGAAAGCGCAUAAGAGGAAGCAUCAGCACCGCGAACUCACGCCUGAUGAGCCUCCAACGAAGAAGGUCAAGCUCAAAGUCAAGGACACUGCGAAGCUCAAGGAAGCGAUUCGGGAAUCUACGAAAGAGCCAAAGAUUCAAAAGGAGCGCAAAGAGCCUAGGGAAGCAAAGGAACCAAAAGAAAAAGAAGUGGCACCGCCUAAAGAGCCCAAGGAACCCAAAGAACCUAAGGAGCCGAAAGACAAGGGCAAAGCACCAGCCAAGGCUCCCGCAAAGGCACCUAUCAAAGACGAAACGCCAGUCGAGGAGCCCGUCAAAGAUAUUCCCACGGCUCCAAAGCCCGAGCAGCCAAGCAAGCCCCCGCCGAACGAUAGCCCGCCAUUACUACGUAAGCCACACGAAGGCGAACUUGAAGCCGGAGACAUCGAUGGUCUUAUUACGGAAGAAAUGGCUAUCCAGCACAAUCUGCCACGGAACCUCAUCGGUCAUGUCGUUGAGAAGCGCAAAGGACCAGGUAGACCGCCCAAGGAUGGCAUCAUGUCAAAGCGCCAGCGUUCGCAACUCAUCAAGCAAGCUAAGGACAUUGAGAGGGCAAGAGCGGCUGGCAUCGAUCCUGCUGAUAUCCCGAUCCCGACCAUCAAGCCAAAGGCACCCAAACGCAAAGAAUCAAACGCUGGCGAUGGCGACGAUGACGGAGUCAUGGAGACAACAGAGCAGGGCGAUGGUAGCUUGUCCGCUCUCCAGAAGCAGGCAAAGCCCAUCAGGCCACCUCGAACUCCUUCGCCUGAGAUGCGCAUUGAGGACUAUUCCGAAGAACAGCUGCAGCGUCCCACAGCCAACUAUGUUGUUUUGAUCCACGAGGCAAUCUCUUCUUCCCCCACUGGUCAGAUGAACCUUCAAUCGAUUUAUACUUACAUCGAGCGGAAGUAUCCCUGGUAUAAGUUCAAGACUACUACCAGUGGUUGGCAGUCUAGCGUGCGUCACAACCUUGGUCAGCACGACGCCUUCAUGAAAGGUGAUAAAGAGGGCAAAGGAUAUCUCUGGAGAAUCAACCCUGAAGUUUCAAUAGAGAAGGAACGCAGGAAGAGGCAAGCCAGUCCUCCACUCAGUAACGCUCCGCGACAGUACUAUCCACCGCCGAACGGAUACCAGCCGUACCCUCAGCCCGGGUACCCAUAUCAUCCGGGCAUGCCUCAUGCAAUGCCACAGCCACCCCCGAGACUGCCACCCAGUCUUGCGCAACCUCGCUUACCACCUAGUAUGGCUCGCAAUGAAAGUAAUUCAGCGGCAUCAAACACGUCUCAGAACGCGCCCCAUCCUUCGCCUUAUGCGUCCCCAUGGGGCGGCGGUGGUAACACGGCUGGAAGUCCGCCAGCACCUAAUCCUCCACGACCGUAUCCGCAGCCCAACUCGCAGGUUCCACCAGCUUCCACAGCAGCUGGUUCAAGCGGUCAGUAUGGCGUUCUCUACCCCACGGCUGCUCCACAGCAAUCGCCAUACAGCCAACCUCCGGCACCCAGCCCCUACGGUGGGCCAUACGCUAAUGCGGGCGCGAGCCCGUAUGGCCCAGGUCCGCCUCGCCCUUAUGCAGCAUACCCACCACAAGGUCAGCAAUCGAAUGCUACUUCGGCAUCGCAGCCACAAUCUUCAGCAUCACCUUACGGCCCACCUCCGUCUCAGACACCCUCUCAGCCAGGGCCUCCAAAUGAUGCUUCGGCACCGCACCCGUCUGGACGUUACCCAAUUGGAGUUCACCCAGAUCUCAUUCGUCAACUUGAAGCGUACCGUCACGUUUACCUUGACAAGAGACCAGGCCCAGAUGAGCAGAAAAAGGUGGACAAUGCUAUUAGAGCUUGCGUAGACAGAACUGUACCUGAAUCGACUUUGACGGAACAAGAAAGGAAGUUGCUCAUAUCUAUCUGCGGCGUAGAGAGCAUCAACAAGCACGUCAAGAGAGCACCUGAUGUCAAAGAUGAAGAUGAAGCCAGUACUGCAGCAGCGUUUGCGGCAGCGGGUGCUGCAGCAAAUACCAUGGCUCAGCAAUAUCCACCAGCACCACAGUCUGUAAAUCCGACCGGCACUGCGUCCCCAGCACCGACACGUGAGAAUAGCGAACCGCAGAAGUUCACGCCAAACAUGACCGGCGCAUCACCAGCUCCGCCCACAACCACUGCACAGCCAACCGCCCCACCUGCGUCCGCCAUGGCACCUUCGCAUCGUCCGAGCGUCGAGCCCAUCACGCCCGUCCCUGGUUCGCCCGCAGUUCAAAACGGCACGCCGCUGCGGCGUCCAAUGACCGAAUUGACCGCAGAUAGCACACCCGGCGCAGAUGAAGCGAAGAAAACGGAGAACAGUCAAGAUGCGUCGAAGAAGGCUGAGUAG